CCAUGGGGCGGCGGCGAGGGUCGCGGGGCGCGGUGGCGCCACAUCGGCCGAUCAGCUGUUCGCGCAUGCCAGCUGCCGACUGCCGCGCGGCGCACGUCCUUGCGCAUUACAAGGAAACAUUCCGCCGGCGACACACGCGCGUUUUGGACAUCUUGUUUUGUUCCGUGUGCUCCGUUCCGUGUCCCACUCGGCCUGCCGCCAACAUGGAUGCACUUCUGGCAGCGCUCGUCGCGCUCAUGGCACUAGCCGCCGCGAUGGCCGCCGUGCUCAGUACGUUCUCCAAGGCGGCGAUAUUCGCACUGCUCGCCGUCGCCCCGUGCAUUUACAGAUACAGAAAACGGAUUUACGUGAUAUACAAAACUUUGCCCCGGGACGUCAAGUUCCUAUGGCGGUACGUCAACGGCAUCCUGCGGCUGAAGAGGUAUGCGCGCGACAACAGCACGGUGGCCGAGCUGUUCACGGCGCGCGCGCAGCUCGACCCCCACGCACCGUGCUUCAUCAUGGUCGGAGACCGCACCUGGUCCUUCGGGGAGAUGGCUGAAAAGUCCAACAAGGUAGCGCGGGUGAUGCAGGACACGUUGGGCCUGAAGCGCGGUGACGUGGUCUGCAUCUUUAUGCCCAACUGCCCGGAGUACGUGUGCAUGUGGCUGGGGCUGGCCAAGCUGGGCGUCAUCUCGGCGCUGGUCAACAGCCAGCUGCGCCACCGCCCGCUGCUGCACUGCAUACAGGUCGCCAAGGCCAAGGCCAUCAUCUUCACUGAGGACUUGGCCCCUGCUGUGGCAGAAAUAUAUGACCAGAUACCGACAGAACUGAAGCGGUUCCAAUUAUACGGUGACUGCGGGCCCGGGGUCACUGACCUGGCGGCGGAGAUGGCCGCGCAGCCCAUAGAGUAUCCGGAGGUCCCGGAGAAACUCAACUACAGGGACACUUUGCUGUACAUCUAUACUUCAGGCACCACGGGCAUGCCUAAAGCGGCUGUCCUGUCUAACUCUAGGUACCUACUGAUAGCGUCAGCGACGAUGCAUAUGCUGGGCCUGCGUCGCUCGGACCGCAUGUACAACCCGCUGCCGCUGUACCAUACGGCCGGGGGCGUGGUGGGCACGGGCGCGGCGCUCGUCGACGGCGUCACCUCCGUCAUGCGCGCCAAAUUCUCCGCCACCAAUUACUGGACGGACUGCAUCAAGUAUGACUGCACGGUGGCGCAGUACAUCGGCGAGAUGUGCCGGUACCUGCUGGCGCAGCCGCCGCGGCCGACGGACGACCAGCACCGCGUGCGCAUCAUGGUCGGCAACGGCAUGAGGCCGGCCAUCUGGCAGCAGAUUGUUGACAGGUUCAAAGUCCUACAGAUAAACGAAAUUUACGGCUCUACAGAAGGAAACGCUAACAUCAUAAACGUGGACAACACAGUGGGCGCGGUGGGUUUCCUGCCGGCGCUGGUGCCGCAGAGCCUGCACCCCAUCGCGCUGGUGCGAGUGGAUGAGGCCGGCGACCUGCUGCGGGGAGACGACGGCUUAUGCCAGCGAUGCCGACCCAACGAGCCUGGGAUGUUCAUCGGCUUGAUCUCACAGGGAAAUGCGUCCAGAGAGUUCUACGGAUAUGUUGACAAGAGCGAGAGCAACAAGAAGAUAGUCCGCGACGUGUUCCGCAAGGGCGACGCGGCGUUCGUGAGCGGCGACAUCCUGGUGGCGGACGAGCUGGGCUACCUGUACUUCCGCGACCGCACCGGCGACACGUACAAGUGGAAGGGCGAGAACGUCGCCACCGCCGAGGUCGAGGACGCCAUCCGGUCAGCGCUGGGGCAGCGCGACUGCAUCGUGUACGGGGUCUCGAUCCCGCAGACGGAGGGUCGCGCGGGCAUGGCGGCGCUAGCGGUGGGCGGGGCGGGGGCGGGGUCCGACGAGCGCGCACCGAGCGGCACGCCCGACCUCGACCAGCUGGCGCGCGCGCUCGACCGCACGCUGCCGGCGUUCGCGCGACCGCUGUUCCUGCGUCUGCUGCCCGAGAUUGAUAUUACAGGCACCUUUAAGCUCAAGAAAGUCCAGUAUCAGAAGGAGGGCUACGACCCCGACGUGAUAAAGGACCCCCUCUACUUCAGACACGGCGAGCACUUCCUCCCCCUCACCUCGCAGCUCUUCAACGACAUCAACAGCGGGAAAGUCAAGCUAUAAUCAUCAAUAUAUAUCAGGGGUUAGAUACUGGUCAUUGGAACGAUUCUAAAGCAAUUGGAAAUAGCUGUGAUUUUGAAAUAUAGACCAAUAAAAGGUUCUGAAUUAUUGUCUACCUAAUUGACUGAAUUUGGAUGCCCGACUUGCAAAGUUAUGUUUUAGUUGUAUAUUUUGCAUUGUGAAAAAAAAAAAGCAUUAUAUUUUUUUAAGGAGCAGGGUAGGCCUAAAUUUAAUUUUAUCAGGAUAAUGUUGGGCAACUUUUGACGUGAUACCGAGUUCAGUUUACGUAGGUAACAGCUACGGAGUACAGCCUACAAGUUACAACAUAUAUUCGGAGUACGUAUAUGUUAGGUAGAGUUAUCGUUAGUUCGUCGAUACAGGCCUUGUACCAUGAAACUGUUUUGAGACUCAAAUACCUAAUCGGACGAGAAUACUGCGUCCUACUUUAACAAACGUGAAUUGACAUUGUUAGAGCAGGACGCGGCAUUCUCGUCCGAUUGUUUGAGUCUCAAAACAGUUUCGUAGUAGGCCUACAGGCUACAGGUUAUGGUGGAUAUAGACUAUGUUCAAACUGCAUUUAAUGUGGUAUAAGCUGAUAUCGGACGGUAUGGUUUUUCAUUUUCUUUUUGCGUUUUGCAUCUUCCACUCCAAGUGACACAUGUAAACACAAAAUUAAAUAUUAUUGUCGUUUUUAAAGACAAAUUAAGCAUCGGGUGAACGAUCGCUCGUAAGUGAACGAGAGGUGAACGAUCACUCGAGUGAACCGUCUGAUAUCACUUUUAUUAACAGCUGUUGGUGGACAAGGGAACGGUGAGGGCGCACUGUAGGUCUAAGACCGUGUUACGCUUGUAAAUUGUUGACGGUAGAUGUUUUGUAUGUAUUUGUAUAUGGCUUAAUAAAAUAAUUUACUAUCAGUGUAGACAAUGUAAAACUAGUCAAUUUUAGUGUUACAUAUCCCUUGUAUAUUUGUUGCCUUUUUUGUUUGGGCACAAAUAUUAUUAUUGGAUAACAAGUACUGUGUAUGUGGUAUACAUAGAACUUGCAACUUGCAACAUAGCCCUUAUUCAGGACAGGUUAUAGAAAGCGAGCAAUAGAAUUUCUAAUAUUUUGUUUUAUUCGAAUUAUAGCAAUUACAGUGGAUUGUCAAAUUCUGGUAUUUACUUAUACUUUGACCUCGAUUCACAUUGUAUUCUAAUUUUAUUUCUGUAACCUUACUAUUAUGUAGUUUCAAGUUUCACCGCACAUUUGCAAUAUUUUGAACAUUCCGCUAUCGCCGUUAUCAUAGACCAUAGAAGCGGUUAGACUGGCCAUAGACGGACCGCAAAUUAGUCGGGACCGACUGCUCUUUAGCGGUCGCGUUGAAAUUUGCACCGACCACCCAAGAACUGCUCGAGCGGUCCCCGAAUUGCGGAUAUGAAUUGAGUAUGAAAACUGCAGUUCGCCGUGUGGCAACCGCAAUUUGCAGUCGGUGCUUGACUGCAAGAUGAUGUCCAUCUAUGGCCAGCCUUAGCAAGUGGAUUUUGGGCGGAGCGGCCGCGCAGCGACCGCGUCGCGAACACGCCCAAAAGUCGCUCGCCAACCGCUAGUAUAAUAAGGCCCAUAUGUAAGCGUUCCCACCUACUCCAAUAGUCGAUAAAACCAAAUAUUCUCACACUGAUCAGUGACACUACGGACAUAUUUCGUGCCUUGCGUGGACAAGAGGGGCUGAAUCAUCACUCAUAUUAUAACAUCAACUAUGUGGUAUUGUAAAUAAACAUUAUAAUAAGUAA